AUGAAACUUCACUCUUACACGGAGUCUGAGCACUCUACAAAGCCUCACCAUUUCACGGACUCUCAGAUCUCGAUGAAACUUCACUCUUACACGGAGUCUGAGCACUCUACAAAGCCUCACCAUUUCACGGACUCUCAGAUCUCGAUGAAACUUCACUCUUACAUGGAGUCUGAGCACUCUACAAAGCCUCACCAUUUCACGGACUCUCAGAUCUCGAUGCAACUUCACUCUUACACGGAGUCUGAGCACUCUACAAAGCCUCACCAUUUCACGGACUCUCAGAUCUCGAUGAAACUUCACUCUUACACGGAGUCUGAGCACUCUACGAAGCCUCACCAUUUCAUGGAAGCUCAGCUCUCUACAAAGCCUCACCAUUUCAUGGAAGCUCAGCUCUCUACAAAGCCUCACCAUCUUACGGACUCUCAUGUUGAAUAA